CCCGCCCGCCCGCCGGGCUCUGCGUCCACCCGCCCAGGGAGCAGCCCGGACGGCGGCCGCGGUCCCCGCCAUGUCUGCAGCCAUGAGAGAGAGGUUCGACCGGUUCUUGCACGAGAAGAACUGCAUGACUGACCUCCUGGCCAAGCUCGAGGCCAAGACCGGCGUGAACCGCAGCUUCCUCGCGCUCGGAGCCGUCGGGCUGGUGGCCCUGUACCUGGUGUUCGGGUACGGAGCGUCCCUCCUCUGCAACCUGAUAGGAUUCGGCUACCCGGCCUACGUCUCAAUGAAGGCCAUAGAGAGUCCCAACAAGGAUGAUGAUACCCAGUGGCUGACCUACUGGGUAGUAUAUGGUGUGUUCAGCAUUGCCGAAUUCUUCUCUGAUCUCUUCCUCUCCUGGUUCCCCUUCUACUACAUGCUAAAGUGUGGCUUCCUGUUGUGGUGCAUGGCCCCGAGCCCUUCUAACGGGGCAGAACUGCUCUACAGGCGCAUCAUCCGUCCUUUCUUCCUGAAGCACCAGUCCCAGGUAGACAGUGUGGUGCAGGACCUGAAAGACAAAGCCAAAGAGACUGCAGAUGCCAUCACUAAAGAAGCCAAGAAAGCUACUGUGAACUUGCUGGGUGAAGAAAAGAAAAGCACCUAAACCCUGACUCCGUCGAGUUUUCCUGCCCUCUGUACCUUUUUAGAGCUUGAUGUUAUAUUAGGGACUGUGGCAUAGUCAUUUUAAUAAUGUUGCCUUGGAAACAUUUUUGAUAUAUAUAAAGAAUGGAAUGUGUUAUGUGUUUUAAUUUUAUUGUCUGUAUGCAUAGGAAGCAUUUUAAUUUAAACUUAAUGCAGUGGGCAAUAUCUAAAGUUUUGAAAAUAUAUUUUGCCUCUGUGUAGGAAAGUAGGAAAAGACAAAUGUCCUACCCUGCAGGAAAUA